CAAAUCCCCAUUUUCCCCCUUUUCUAAACACUCCUCAACUUCCUCCACCCCUUCCUCUCCUUCUUCAUUUCCUUCUCUCUUUCUCUCUAAUGGCUCCUCCCGCUAAGACCGUCUGCGUAAUGGACGCUUCCUCCCGCGUUGGCUCUGCCCUCGUCGCUGCCCUCUUGCACAGAGGUUACACCGUUCACGCUUCCCUUCAGAACCACGAUGAUUUGCAGUGUGUUAAAGGAAAUGCUAACAAAUUGAAGGUUUUCCGUUCGGAUCUGUUGGAUUAUCAUAGUAUUAUGAUCGCUCUAAAGGGAUGCUCCGCUUUGUUCUAUUCAUUUCAACCUCCUCCGGAUCAUUCCACCUACGAUGAAUUAAUGGUGGAAAUUGAAGUGAGAGCAGCUCAUAAUGUUCUGGAAGCAUGUGCCCAAACGGAGACCAUGGAGAAAGUUAUUUUCACCUCUUCCAUUACUGCCGUAAUUUGGCGUGACGGUCUCAAAACGAUGUCGUCCGAUGUCGACGAGCGUCACUGGAGCGACGUUAACCUCUGCAAGAAGUUCAAACUGUGGCACGCUCUAUCGAAAACCGUAGCAGAGAAAACAGCGUGGGCCCUUGCGAUGGAUCGUGGGGUUAAUAUGGUGUCCAUAAAUGGAGGGCUAGUGAUGGGACACGAUGUGACAAUGAAUAACCCGUAUUUGAAAGGAGCGGCUGAGAUGUACGAAGAUGGGGUGUUGGUCACCGUUGAUCUUAAAUUCAUAGUUGAUGCUCAUAUAUGUGUGUUUGAAGAUGUGUCAUCCUACGGUCGAUAUUUGUGCUUUAACAAUAUCAUUAAUUCUCAUAAGGAAGCUCUUAGAUUAGCCCAUAUGCUAUUGCCGCCCUCUUCUGAAGCUUUCUCCCAUUCCCCACCAAGUUUGGAAGACUCUGUUGUAUAUCAGCAAGGAAUAAGCAACAAGAAACUUAACAAAUUGAUGGUGGAUUUUGAAAGUGGAGAUUCAUGUUGACCACAAAAAAAACCAUCCCAGCAAAAUUAAUUAGAUUCCCCAAUUUUUAUUUUUUUUUAUUUGUGCAUUAUUAGGUCCAUUUUGUUACCCCAUUGUAAUCUAAAUGGGGGUCUUUUUUUUUUUUUUUUUUUUUUUUUUUUAUUAUUUUACUAUUUUUUAAGGACCAAUAGUUUUCUUUAAAAUGUUAGAUUUAAACAUAACUAAAGGCCUAAUCUUCUCAAAGCCAUUGGUAAUAUCUAAAUUAAAGCUAUAUGUGUCCAUCCCAAGUUUAUGAUGGAUGAUGGUAUCAAAUUAUCUGCCUUGUAUAUCCUCCUUCAAAUGUUGAUAUAUAAUGACAACCUAUUUGUACCAAGCU